AAUUUAUCAUCAUAUAGUAAUUAUACAUCAUAUCACCAUUUUUUAAAAAUUAAAUAUUUUAUGUAAAUUAUUAAUAAUUUUGUAUUUGAAAACAUUUUUUGACAUUGAACCGAUACAUUCAAGUGAUUUGUGAUUUAAAAAAAAAAGUUUUUAAAAAAUUGAAAGCUCGUGUGUAUGAAUGUAUGUAUGUAUGUAUGUAUGUAUGUAUAUGUAAGUGUAUUUGAAGUGUAAAAGACAGUAACUUAAGCAAUAACUACCUGAGGUUUAUCUCAGGAGUCUAUUUGACUGUUUUAGUGCACAACCAGUGUCUGACAUCCCGAUCCCACUCUGCAGUGCCUCUACUCUGUGCUCUAUUAGAUCACGUGUGGACACAAAUUACAAAUUAAUUUUUAAAUAUUAGUUUAAUCAACAUUUGUAUCAAUAGUCCCAAUGUUUGGUUCGGACGUAACUGUAAACCAAUUGCUAAGUCACGAAGUGUCCACUGAUUGGCAACAGUUUCCUGGACUGCCGUUUGCCGCUAAUAUAGAGGCAUCAUUUAAUCGUGAUUAUCAUCGGCAAUGGAUGUACGAGAACUGGUCGAUCGCACUAUACGUAUGUACGGCUUACGUGGUGGGCGUACUCUUUGGACAACAUAUUAUGUCAAUGUCGGCCAAGAAGUACAGUCUUCGGGUACCGUUGUUUGCUUGGAACGCAAUAUUGGCCAUCUUCUCAAUCCUCGGUACUAUCCGAUGUCUACCUGAGUUUGUAUCGGUCAUCUGGAACUCUGGUCUUGAGUCGUCCUACUGUUCCUCCUCAUACUAUUAUGACGUGCGACUGACUUUCUGGUACUGGGUAUUUGUGUGGUCUAAAGUGGUAGAGUUAGGCGACACGGCAUUCAUUAUAUUAAGAAAACAACCGCUCAUUGCUCUUCAUUGGAUACAUCACGUGCUAACUCUUACCUACGCUUUCUUUGUGAUCGGUGAGGCUCCGGCCAGUGCCCGAUGGAUGGUUAACAUGAACUUUGCCAUACAUUCAUUGAUGUACACAUACUAUGCAUUGAAGUCACUUCGUAUAUCGGUUUCCCGAUCCAUAGCAAUGAUCAUCACUAGUGCACAGAUCGUCCAAAUGGUAUUCGGUCUCUAUAUCAACGCACAGGCCUUUCGGUUGAAGUGGUCGGCCAAAGCCUGCGACACAUCGCUCAGUGCCUCCGGUGCCGGCCUUUUCAUAUAUGCGCUGUUUUUCUGUCUGUUUAUUAACUUCUUUAUGAAGUCUUACGGCAAAAAACUGACGAAAGUGGUGGCCAUCACCUCAAACUCAGUCAAAAGUGGACUCAAAAGUGUCUGGCGUUGGUUGUCCGGUGCCGCCCGAAAUGUGGCCAAUAAAGUGGAUUAA